AUGCCUUCUGUUACUCUUUUCAGUCGUCCUGCUCCUACUGCUCUUGAGGUCCAAUUCCUCAACACUGCUUCGUGUGCUAUUGUGUGCGCACAUCCUAUUUCUGUUUCUGAUCAACUCUUCUCAGCCUGUAUUGCUGUUGCUCCUAGUUGCAAGAGUUGUACGCAAAAUUGUGGUCUGCAAGAGUUAUACUUUUUUGAUGACACUGGCAGUAUCCUCCAUGAACAACCCAACCCACCAGCUCAGCAAGUUGCCAAGCUUGCCUAUGAGAUUUCUGACAAUGACAACACUAUCAUCCUUGAAGAAUGA